AUGGCUACUCCUCCGAUUCCCCCCAACCGCCUCAAGCAGAUCGCUACUGAUGCCUGCAACAGCGCGAUUGGAAGCGCAGAAUUCUACGAUCAUGAAAAGACCGAGCAAUGGAAUUCAACAAUUAUUAGUUCCGUUUUGAAAGCCGUCAUCUCUGAAUCAACUCCCGAGGGUGCUUCUGCUCCCUCGUUCAAGUUCGCAUGCAACAGUACCAUCGUGCAGCAUCUCGUCCCUACGUCCGCCCUGAACAAACCCCGUGGUGGCACCGAGAUCAAGGCUGAAGAGCCUCACAUUUCUACGAGCUCCGAAGCGACUGCCACUGACGGAAAGCCCCAUGUCGGUCGACGAGGAAUGCACAGUGCCACAGGCGCCUACUGGGACCAGAAGAAGGACGGCAUGUGGACCUUCAAGUAUGAUGGCGGUGAGGGCAAGGGUCUCGAUGUAGUUGUUAUGCUCAUCUGGGUCGCCAUCUGA